UCUUCUCUGGGAGACGACCCCCACUACGCUCGGAUCAUGUCACCGUUCACGCCCAUAAUCACGUAUGCCACCUUCUUUGUGUGGAUAAAAUAACGGACCGAAGGCGAAUCGACGUUUCUAGAACUCACUGCUUCAUAAGAAUUAUGCGCUUGUCGCUACAUCGUAUAUAUUUCGCCAGUUAUAUAAAACGAUCUGCCUGCGAUACUGUAAUACCACGAGCGGCGGUUAGGAAUACGGCCUAUGAUACUUUAAGAGAUAAAGUAGUAUGGAUAACAGGAGCAUCAAGUGGAAUUGGAGAACAUCUUGCAUAUGUUUUGGCAGAGGCUGGAUGCAAAUUAAUUUUGUUAGCACGAAGGGAAGCUGAAUUGGAAAAAGUAAAAAUUAAUUGCUUGCAAAGAAAUAAAAAUUUAAAAAGUUCAGACAUUGAAGUACUAGUUCUAAAUAUUUGUGAUGUAAAUGGUCAUGAGUCAGCACUUAAUAAUAUCAUUGCUAAAUUUGGCAAGUUGGAUAUACUUGUAAAUAAUGCAGGACGAUCACAACGAGCAUUAUGGGAGAAUAUUGACAUAUCCGUUGACAAAGAAAUGUUUGACUUGAAUGUAUUUUCACCAAUAGCCUUAUCUAGAUUAGUAGCAAAAUAUUUUCUCAAAGUAGGUGCAGGUCAUUUUGUAUUCACUUCAAGUAUUGCUGGUGUUACGGCAUCACCAUUUUCUGCUACAUAUUGUGCAAAUAAAUUUGCAUUACAUGGUUAUUGUAAAACUUUUGCUUUAGAAAAAAUUGAUAAAAAUAUACCAAUUACAGUUGUAUGUCCAGGGCCAGUAUAUACUAAUUUUUUGACAGAAGCAUUCACUGAUAAAAGUGGUGAAAAAUAUGGAGAAAAUGUGAAAGAAGAUCCGAAAAAUAAAGUGAGUGUAGAACGUUGUGCUACACUGAUGGGAAUUGCAAUAGCAAACAAGCUUUCUGAAGUGUGGAUUUGCAAACCAGCUAUACUACAGCUGGCGUACCUUGGAACUUAUUAUCCAAAUAUUGGAUUAUGGAUAAUAAAGUAUCUGGGAGCAAAAUUUAUGCAUCGUUUGCGAGAUAAUAAAACAACUAUUGAAACAAGUACAAAAGAAACACAAUAAAUAUAUAUUUUUUCUUAUACUUCAAUAUAUAUUAUA